UUUUACGAUGUCCAUAAAUUGGAAAGUCUCACUCUACUCACGUUGUAUACAUUUAAGAAAACUUUUCCUUUCAUAGCAUAAUAGAAUAGCAACAAAACUUGGUUAGUUUUUGUGGACAAUUUUUUUCUAACAGAAAAAGUCAUUCAAAAGGCUAAUAAAUUGAAAAAUGUCUGAUAACGAAGCUUGGAAUGAUCAUCUUGAUAGUUCCGAUAAAGAGGAAUUAGAGUGGGCUUUGUACAGCCAAAUUCAUUUCGAAUAUAAUAACGAUAUGCCAACUACUCCAACAUUGUUUAAUUCAUAUUCUAAUGAUAAUAAAAAAGAUCAUCUGGGCGCCUCUCCCUCUCUCAAAAGUCACGAGUCGAAAGUGUUAUUAGAGAAUCGAAAAAACUCAACACCUCGAACGUCUGAUAGACAAACUAGAAACAAUCGAGAUAAACCAAUAAAAAUAUCUUCCUUCCUAGAACGUAAAGAAUCAACAGAAAAAGAAGUUGUUCUUAAAUCAAAGAAUACUUCAAAACAUAAAAAUCAGAGACAAUUGGAAAGUGUAAAAGGUAAAGACUCAAAAAUUGGCGCGAAAAAUAUUGAGGAAAAUGAAAGUCCAACGAAAGGUUUAUCAACCUCAAAAAAACAAAAGACAGUCAAAAUGGCGAAGGAACUGUCAACAGAAUAUUCCUCUCCUGUUCGUUUAAGAACAACAUCAGAAGGCGGGCUGGAAGAUAAACUGAACAAUUUGUCGAACAAAAAACCCAAUCGUGUGCAAGUUGAAUAUGACGAAAUAACCGAUAAAAAGACAGACGAAAAUGAGCAAAAACCUAAUAAGAAAGUGAAAAAGCGUAAGCAUGCCUAUUAUAGUUCUGAUUCUUCAAUAUUAUCACUAUCCGAAGACGAAGUUGAGAGUAAGAAUUUAAUAACUAACGUUUUGAAAUCGAUGAACAUCUCAGGAAUCCCUAGAAAGAGUGAAAGAAAUGCUAAAUGCUCAUCGGAUGAUAGCGUAAAAUUGCCACAUACGGACAUGCAAGAAGCCGGAAAUAUCUCUGAGACAGACAAAGAUUUACCUGAAAGUUCUCGAAAGCCAAAAGAUAGAUGCAAGUAUUGUAGAAAGCGUGGUCACAAGAGAGUUACUUGUCCUGAAUAUUUACUACUUGGACAAAACGACAACUCGAAAAAGCAAAAUAAAAGAAAAAAUGAACUAAAAAAUCUUUCUAGUCAGAAUUGUCCACUUAGACAGAAUCAAUCGAUUUCAAAAGACAAAUCAAAGACUGAAAGUGAAUUAUCUGAAAAACUUGAAAAUCAGGAGGAACAAUCCUCAUCACAUUUUCAAAAUCAGUUACAGUCUAUCUCAGAAAAACUGGACAAUCAAUCAUCGAAUGCAAAUCUAUCUACAUCUCAAAAAGGAGAUGAAAAAUCAAUAGAAAGCAGCCAUAUAGUUGAUAAUAACACAACUACAACAACAAAAAUUGACGCUAAAAGCGAACAAGACUCAGGCCUAGGUAAAAAUUGCAAGUCUAAUUAAUAGAAACUUUUUAUUAUGCUUAAAAAAAACCUUUACACGCGUAUCUUCAAACAGUCAAUCAUUUAUAUUUUGUCCUUAAAAACUUUAUAGAAAAACUGCUGAGCAAACAGUUAAAAAACUGGCAUUUAAAUCCGUAUAGGAAGAGAACAAAUCACAAAUUUUUUAUACCACACUAUAUGCGUAACAUUUGUGAUUUUUAUAACGUUCCACCCCGCGAAAUGGAUACCUUCGGAACCUAUGCUACACAUUCUGACGUAUGGUGCGAUUAUACACUAACCGAAACAAUGAAAGAGACUGAAUCGAUUGAUAAUGCUCCACAAACCAGACAAAAUUCUACUAACAAUUACGAUCAAUCGAAAAACAAUAGGAAUAGUAAAAGUAAGAAUAAAAAAUGGCAUAUUGGUAGAAAGAAGGAAAGGAAGAGACUUAAUCAACAAACUGAAAAUUACAGACAUUAAAAAUCUAUCUAAGAAAAUAUAAUAAAUAUUUGUAAUUAUUUAUUUAUAUACUCUU